GCGUGGGCGGGGCCGGAGUGCGCUUGCGCAGUCCACUCUCCCCGGCAGAGAAGGCGACCGGCUGGAGGAAAGAUGGAAGACUUCCAGGCUGCGGAGGAGACUGCUUUUGUUGUUGAUGAAGUGAGCAACAUUGUAAAGGAGGCUAUAGAAGGUGCCAUCGGUGGUAAUGCUUACCAGCACAGCAAAGUCAAUCAGUGGACCACAAAUGUUGUAGAACAGACUUUAAGCCAACUCACCAAGCUGGGAAAACCAUUCAAAUACAUUGUGACCUGUGUAAUCAUGCAGAAGAACGGAGCUGGGUUACACACAGCAAGCUCCUGCUUCUGGGACAGCUCUACUGACGGAAGCUGCACCGUGCGAUGGGAGAACAAGACCAUGUACUGCAUUGUCAGUACCUUCGGACUGUCCAUUUGACUUGCCAGCCUGAGCCCUCCCUUCGUCUCAACACUUCUAUUCCAUCUUCAACCACCAGCUGUGAAUUCGGUGAACACCUUUCUCCCCUUUAGUGUGUGUUUUGUGGCACUCUCAAAAUGUAGGGAAAUAAAUCAAAUGACCUCUCUGUUACAGGAACUGCAGUUAGUCAGAUCCUAACUGUCUGUAGUAGUCUGAGGCUGGCAUUGCCACGUGUCUUAACUCUGUUUCUUUUCAAAGGUGCUGAACACUGCAAUCUGCUAGUAGCAAACUUCUCUACUCUCUGAAAUGAUUCAGAUACACUAAGUUUCCAUACUUUAUACUUUUGUUAGAAUAAAUUAUUCAAAUUUAAA